AGGGAGUGAUGGGGUAGAACCGUAGAAGUGGCGGAGUGUCAUUCCGCUUUUCGUGCAGGGUUUUGCAAGCCGAGGGGUUUAGUUUUUGGACAGCUACGAUAAACCCUAACUAACUCCAUUGAAGAUGAAUUUUGGCCGUUUGAUUUCCGGCGGAGGGUGGCUGCUCAGGCAGAUGUGUACGGCCGCGACGAAGCCAGCGAAUCGGAGGCCAAGCAUUCGGCGUUUGGAGCUACUUUAUCGAAAAUUAUCGUCACUGGAUAUGACAGGAAGGACCGUGUCGCAGACGUUAAACCAGUUUAUUAUGGAGGGCAGAGUCCUCAGGAAAGACCAACUCCAAACUUGUGUUAAGGAGCUCCGAAAGUAUCGUAAAUUCCAGCAUGCACUCGAGAUAAUGGAAUGGAUAGAAUUUAGGGGAAUUAACUUCUCCAUAACAGACUUUGCACUAUAUUUAGAUCUAGUGUCCCUAACUAAGGGGGUGGCUGCUGCUGAGAGCUAUUUCAGUGGUCUUCCUCCUCGAGCAAAGAACAAAGUUACAUAUGGAACUCUUUUGAAUUGCUACUGCAGGCAAUCAAUGGAAGACAAGGCAUUGGCUCAUUUUGAAAAGAUGGAUGAACUCGGUUAUGUCACUGGAAAUCUGCCCUUUAGUAAUCUCAUGUGUUUAAAUAUGAGACUGGGCAAACCUGAGAAGGUGCCUCCAAUAAUAGAUAAUAUGAAGCAGAGGAAAAUUCCAAUGAAUGGUCCUAUAUAUCAUAUCUGGAUGAAUAGCUAUGCCUCCUUAAAUGAUAUUGAAGGAGCAGAAAGAGUCUUUGAGGAAAUGAAAAGGGAAAGCGAAGACAACAUCAGUUGGCUGACUUAUAGCAAUCUUGCUGCUAUCUAUGUAAAGGCUAAACAUUUUGAGAAAGCUGAAUCUGCACUUAAGAUGUUAGAAAAGAUAGCGAGACCAAAGGAGCGUGAAGCUUACCAUUUUCUACUAACUCUCUAUGCAGGGACUGGUAAUCAAGGUGAAGUAUAUAGGGUAUGGGAUUGCAUCAAAUCAGUCCCUCCAGUGAUCAACGUGAGCUAUCUUACAAUGCUUCAAUCCCUCCGUAGGCUUAAUGAUAUUGAAGGUAUAACAAAAUGCUUUAAGGAGUGGAAAUCAAGUUGUAGAUCUUAUGAUAUGAGAUUAAUGAGUACAGUUAUAAGUGCCUAUUUGAGUCAGGGCCUCUGUGAAGAAGCCUUGUCAGUGUUUGAAGAGGCCAUUGAGGGGAGGCAGGGCAAAGGACCUUUUUGGAAGACUCAUGAAAGGUUUGUACUCUUCUACUUGGAGAAACGAAAGGAAGACCUUGCAGUGCAUCACCUAGAGGCAGCUCUUUCAGAAGAAAAGGAUGAUGGUGGAUGGAGUCCUUCACCGGAAGUUAUAAGUGCGUUUCUGAAGUAUUACGAAGAAGAGAAAAUUGAUGGGGUUGAAAAGCUUUGCCAUUUCAAGAAUUGCAAUUUUGAUGAUCGUUGCCUUAGAAAUUAUACGAAUGUUGACAAAUCAGCCCUAGAACCUCAUCAAAUAUUUAAGGGAGAGUCUGAAAUAGGCCAGGGACACCAGGACUUGCCGGCAGUUGUUCACUCUGAGUAGACGUAUCAUCAUAUAAAUUUAGGCUCUAGUUCGCCACCGAGUAAUAAACUGACUGAAAUGCCCAACUCAAUCAUGAUACUGAUGAAUUAGUCGCUGCUUCAAUUUUUUUUUUUUUAGUUGCUCACCUGGUAUCCAAAGCUUCACCUUGACCAAUCUGGAUUUGACCCGUGUGCACACCUGGCUAUGGUGGAUGAGUCUCCCAUCAGGUGUUUUCUACAUACAUAAAGUUCAAACCUAAGACUUUACUUAAGUGAAACCAAACUGUUUAUUACUCGGACCAAUCUUCGUUGGUCGCUUAGAAUUGAAGCAAUUGUAAUCAGAAUGCUUCAAUUCUGAUUAAAAAGGUGAGGUCAGAAAAAAAAAAAUCUGAUAAAAAAGGCCAGCCCGAAGGAGUCUGAAAAAUCAGCUGAUGGCACCAGUGGAGAUAGUUCAAGUAGCAAAGAUGAGAUGAGGUUUGGGCAAAAUGAUCAAAAGUACAAUCCUUCUUGAUGUUAAAAAGAAAGAAAGAAAGAAAAAUUGAAGGCUGAAUAUUGAUUUUGAUUUAUUUUUAUUGUGUGAAAUGAUCUUGUAAUUUUAAAGGCUUGUAUUGUUGAUGCAAUGCUUGACAUUUUUACUAUAUGAUUGUUUGUUUUAUUGUC